AUGUUGUUCAAAGCCGCCCUUCUUACUGCCCUUGCGGCUUCUCAUGCUGUGGCACAGCGAGCGUGUGGUGCCCCUGAGCCCACGGAGGAGGAGAUUGCCAUCGCCAAGUCAUUCUACCAGAUCGAAAAGGAAGCCCGUCUCGCAGGCAACGCCAGCUCGGCUGCGGCCACUAUCGAGAUCAGCAACCAGCUGAGUGCCAUGAACACGGCUUUUGCACCGCAUGGAAUAUCCUUUGUCAAUGCCGGAACUGACUGGACUGUUAACUCGAACUGGGCCAACGACGGUUCUGAGACUACCAUGAAGAGGUCCCUCCGCAAAGGAACCUACGCAGAUCUAAACCUGUACUUCGUCUAUUCGAUGGACUCCCUCGGCUACUGCUACUUCCCAGCCAGCACCAGCGGCUCUGACAGCACUUUCUACAUCCUGUCAUCCACGGUCCCCGGGGGCUCCGAGACCAACUACAACCUAGGACUCACGGCUGUGCACGAGAUAGGCCACUAUUUCGGCCUGUACCAUACGUUCCAGGCCGGUUGCUCUGGCUCUGGUGACAGUGUGGACGACACGCCGGCCGAGGCCAGCUCUGCCUCAGGCUGCCCGGUGGGUCGGGAUUCCUGCCCGGCGGCUGGCGUAGAUCCUAUCCACAACUACAUGGACUACACCUACGACACAUGCUACGAGGAGUUCACGCCCGGCCAGGAGGACCGCAUCUACUCCUACUGGAAUCAGUACCGCGCGUCAUUCCAGUGA